AUGGGGCUUCCGGUUGCACUUCCUUCCCAGAUACACAGACUGACCCAGAACCAGACAGCGCUAGGUCCAGUUCCUCUAACUGCAGAAAUGUUGGUGUUGCUGCUGCUGCUGUGGAGGACCGAGUAUGUUGGAAGCCGGUGGCCUCAGGCAGGAGCUGACACUGGGUCUUGGUCUCGGCAAAGGUCCCAGGCUCAGGAUAAGGGAUACAAGCUGCAGGUGCAGGAAUCGGUGACGGUACAGGAGGGGCUUUGCAUCUCCAUACCCUGUAACUUCUCCUACCCACAGCAAGGUUGGAUUGACUCUGAUCCUGUUCAUGGCUACUGGUUCCGGAGAAAGACUGUACUGGUGGUCACAAACAACCCAGACAAAGAAGUAAAACCCAAGAGAGGAGGCCAGUUCCAGUUUCUUGGGAACCCCCAGACGGGGAGCUGCUCACUGGUGAUCAUAAAUGCUCAUAAGGAAGACACAGCCACAUACUUCUUUCGGGUGGAGAGAGGAGAUAGUGUGAAAUUUAGUUACUUGAAAUCCACGCUGUCCUUGAAUGUGACAAACCUGACACAGAAGCCCGAUGUCUACAUCCCUGAGACCCUGGAGUCGGAACAACUUGUGAAAGUGCUUUGUGUGUUUCCUGGGGACUUUGAGGGCUGUCCAGCCCCCAAUUUCUCCUGGACAGGGGCAGCCCUCUACCAUCAAGAAAUUAGACCACGAAGCACCCUUUUCUUCUCUGAGCUUACCCUCACACGGAGACCCCAGGACCACGACACUGAGCUCACCUGUCGAGUGGAUUUCUCCAGCAAUGGUGUGAGUGCCGAGAGGACUGUCCAGCUCAAGGUGGCCUACGCCCCGAAGGACGUUGUCAUCAGAAUUUCCAGAGGCCAAGCAUCAGCCCCAGUCCCAGUCCCCCAGGGAAACUCUCCUCUGAAAGUCCAGAAAGGCGAGUUUCUGCAGCUGUUCUGUGUGGCUGACGGUCACCCCCCGGCCACGCUGAGCUGGGUCCAGGGCAACAGGACGCUCUCCUGGUCCCCCUCUUCGGGUCCCAGAGUCCUGAAUCUGGAGCUGUCUCGGAUAAGGCCCAGGGAGGCGGGGCGCUACACCUGCAGAGCGGAGAACAGGCUGGGUUCCCGGGAGCGCUCGCUGGACCUCUCCGUGCAGUACCCUCCAGAGAACCUGAGAGUGAUGGCGUUCCAAGCAAACGGGACAGUCCCGGAAAACUUCAGGAACGACACGUCCCUCCCUGUCCUGGAGGGUCAGUCCCUGCGCCUUGUCUGUCUCGCCGACAGCAACCCUCCCGCCACGCUGAGCUGGACCCGGAGGAGCGGCCCCCUGAGCCCCUUGCAGACCUCGGACCCCGGGGUCCUGGACCUGGCCCGGGUUCAGGAGGAGGACGAAGGGGAGAUCAUCUGCCGAGCUCAGAAUCCGCUGGGCUCCCCUAGCGUCUCCCUGCGCCUCUCUGUGAUCUACCCUCCCCAGUUGCUCGUACCCUCGUGCUCUCCGCAGGCCGAGGGUCUGCUCUGCAGCUGCUCCGCCCGAGGCCGGCCGGACCCGUCUUUGAGCUGGCGGGUUGGGGACACGCUGGUGGAGGGGAACAACAACCACGUCACCGUCACGGUCACCUCUUCGGAGACCUGGGCCAACAGCUCCCUGAUCUUCCGCGGGGAGCUCAGCCCAGACCUGACGUUCCACUGCGAGGCCCGGAAUGACCACGGGGCCCACAGCCUCUCUGUCCUGAUGCUGCCAGGUCGGGGGUCUGCUGCGCCGAGGCCUGGGGGCACCCGGGAGAGAAUCUCUCCAGGUCGUCAUGGGAGCUGGUGUAACGACCGUAUUCUUACUGGGUUCCUGCCUCAUUUUCCUCCUCGUGUGAGUACCCUCCCCUGGGUUGGGGGUAGGGGACUGGAGUCCCCGCGAAUCCCGGUGGAGAUCUGGACCGUCAGUGGUUUGGCUGGCUCAGCUCAGCCCUUCCAGACACUUAAGCAGGACCACAAGUCCCACUCCAAGUCUGAGCUAACCGGAGGCUAUAGCCUGAAAGUCCAAGGCUCCUUCCUCAGGGUGAAGACAUACAGGAAGAAGGCAACCAAGGUGCCACCGCUCAGGGUGAUGACAUACAGCAAGAAGGCAACCAAGGUGCCGGCGGUUGCAGGAUCAGAUGCCCCCUUAGUCUUGGGCACUGUCUUGAGGGGUCACCGGCAGGAGUCCCAGCAAGGCAGCCCCCGCCACGACCUGCCCCCAGCUGUGGCCACCCCCGCCUCUGGAGAGGAUCAGGAGCUCCAUUAUGCCUCCCUCGUCUUCCAGAGGCAUAGAUUUCCCGAGAUUCAGGACCUGGAGGCUGACAGAACCACUGAGUACUCGGAGAUCAAGGUCUGCAAGUGA